UGGCUUUGGGUUCGAGACUACACUUGCGCGUCGUUAUGUGAACCCCUCUAUAAAAUAUGCGAUCACGUUGACGUUCUCUGCCGCCAUUCCUCUUCGAAGGAUUCAGUGAAUUAAAAUUUAAGGUAAAAUUCAAUUUAAGUGAAUAUUUUGUCAAUAAUUGACGUGUAGUAUAACCCCAUCCUUGAAAUAGUGCUAUUAAUCGCUCAUUAUUUAUGGAAACGUUGAAAGCUUGAGAGUGUGCUCUUGUGUGAAGCCGGCCGGUUGCAAAUGAAAAAUGGCGCUCUCCUUACAAUUAUUAUUGAAUUAAUUCUUUAAAGUUUAUCAUUCAAGGGACAUUUCUUCUUCAGUGCAAAGUUGAAUCAAUUCAAUAACAGUGUAAUUUUUUCUCCAGUUUUGUGCAUUGUUGGAUGAUUAGCCCAGCAAUGGCAGAAGAUAACGGGGAAGUGACAAUUGAUGGGAAAUCUGACAUCAAAGAUGAACAAGAUUCUAAUGUUGACAGAACGGAAGAUUUUCCGAAACUUAUUGAGUAUGGACUUGACAGGAAAGUAGCAGCAAAAUUAGAUGAAAUCUACAGAACAGGUAAACUUUUGCAUGCCGAUUUGGACGAGAGAGCACUAGAUGCUCUGAGGGAGUUCCCAGUUGACGGCGCAGUGAACGUUCUCACCCAGUUUCUCGAUUCAAAUCUUGAACACGUUUCGAAUAAAUCUGCUUAUCUCUGUGGUGUGAUGAAAACCUAUCGGCAAAAAAGUAGAGGAGGGGCCUCUGCUGGGGGCAAUGCUUCUGGUACAGGGGCCACACCAAAAGGUCCUGACGAAGACAAAAUUAAAGCAAUUUUAGAUAGAACUGGAUACUCAUUGGACGUGACCACAGGACAACGAAAAUAUGGGGGGCCUCCACCCAAUUGGGAGGGUCCCCCUCCCGGAAAUGGCUGUGAGGUUUUUUGUGGAAGAAUUCCGAAAGAUAUGUUUGAAGAUGAACUAAUUGUUCUUUUUGAAAAAAGCGGCAAAAUUUGGGAUCUAAGGUUGAUGAUGGAUCCUAUGUCUGGAACUAACAGGGGUUAUGCAUUUAUUACUUACACCACUAAGGAAGAAGCAAUUCAAGCGACAAAAGAUCUCGAUAAUCACGAAAUCAAACCUGGCAAGACUCUGAAAGUUAACAUUAGUGUUCCGAAUCUGCGACUUUUUGUGGGCAACAUUCCAAAGUCUAAAGGCAAAGAGGAGAUUCUGGACGAGUUUGGUAAAUUAACAGCUGGACUCACAGAGGUAAUCAUCUACAGCUCUCCAGAUGAUAAGAAAAAGAACCGUGGCUUCUGCUUUCUUGAGUACGAAUCGCACAAGGCAGCCUCAUUGUCGAAACGACGUCUCGGCUCCGGCCGCAUCAAGGUGUGGGGCUGUGAUAUCAUUGUCGACUGGGCUGACCCGCAAGAAGAGCCCGACUCUGAAACCAUGUCCAAGGUGAAAGUCUUGUAUGUGAGGAAUCUGACACACGAAAUAUCUGAAGAAAAACUGAAGGAGACAUUCGAAACUUACGGAAAAGUGGACAGGGUGAAGAAGAUCAAGGACUACGCCUUCAUCCAUUUUGAAGACCGAGACAACGCAGUUUCUGCUAUGAACGCCCUGAACGGACAAAACAUGGGAGGAUCGAACAUCGAAGUAUCCCUCGCCAAGCCGCCUUCGGACAAGAAGAAGAAAGAAGAAAUCCUACGUGCCAGAGAAAGAAGGAUGAUGCAGAUGAUGCAAGUUAGAGGUGGAGGGUACUCUCCACAGCAUCCGAGCAUGAUGGCAGGUCCACCGCCGAGGGGUGGUGGCGGAGUGGGAGGCCAGCGCGGGGGCGGUGGAGGUGGCGGAGGCGGCAACUCGAUGCGAGCCAUGGGACGAGGCGACUACGAUUACGAUUACGACUAUUACGGUUAUGGGGAUUACCGAGGCGGCUACAGUGACCCGUAUUACGAUGACUAUUAUCGUUACGAGGAUUACUAUUUUGAGUACAAGCCAGCACCUCCGCCGUCUGCGCGGGGAGGAAGGGGCAGGCAACCAUUGUCGUGUGGCCGUGGCCGUGGGGUGGCGGGGCGUGGCCGGGCCGGUGGGUUGCCGGCGGGGGGCCGUGGGGGGCCCCGGGGGGGUCGAGUCGCAACGUCAGGGGGCCGUGGGGCAACACGAGCUCCCGCCCGUGGGGGGGCCCGCGCCAAGGGAAGUUUACCAGGUAAACGCAAAUUUGACGGUGGUCACCAGAACCAGGGGGAAUCAAAAAGACGGUACCAGAGCAGCUGGAGUAGCCAACCACUGGCGCAGCAGCCGCUGAGUGCAGCCUAUGGCGGCAUGAACGGAGGGGGCGGCGGAGGCGGCUACAGCUCGGCUGGCGACCAACAGUGGUACCAGGACACCUACCAGUCCUCUUGGAGCUAAACCACAAUGCUAGCCACUAGUGAUGUUGUUUGUUACCUACACAAAGACAAGCUCUUGAUGUCUAAAAACGAGUCGAGUUUGUAUUGUCGUGUUGCAUAGGCUGGCCAUUGCGUUGCGUUGCAUGGCGAUCCACCCGCCGCACCUGCCAAGCCAAGCUAGGCGUUGUGUCGUGUCGUGUCGCGCUCACAAACAAAAACUAGUUGUUCUCUGUUAUACUAUUAUUCUCGGUUUAAUUUUCUGGUUCUUUUCAUAGCAUUCAAAAACAAACUUGGAAUUGUUCUUUUUCUGAUUCUCCAUGCAGCAUGCCGCUUAUCAAAACUACAAUAUGAAUUUCAAUAAUUAUUAUUAUUGGCUAUAGCCUUGUUAAAAGUAAUAUAUUGAUCGUUUUUGUAACAUGUAUGUAUUAAUAAAGCAUUGAUUAUUUAUGAAAUUAAUUUUAAAUGUAUAAAAUUGUUUUCGUGUCUGGUACACAAAAGUGAAAUUACGUUUAUCGUCCGGCAUGAUAAAAUACAGUAAUUGAUUGUUAAAUUCCCCACCCCCUUGUUCUGGAGGCAUAACAUCGUUAAAAGGGGGGAAAGUCCCUUUCUCAGUUGCCGUCGCCAAUGGCGGUAGUGCUGCCAUUCGCCAUUCUUGUUUUCAUUUACGGUGUCCAUUCAACCCUGUUAUAAUAUUAUCAGUUAAUUAGCUAUUGUUUAAAUUCUUGGUUAUUACCAGCUCAAGGUUUUCGUUGAACGUUUGCAACCUUGAAGUUUUCAUUUUAAAAAUUUGUUUACAUUUUAACUUGUAGAUGCAGUUAGUAUAAUUUUAAGUAUAAUGGAAAUUAUUUCAAUUCUGUUUUAUUUUUCAAGCUGAAUGACGCAAGCAGUUGACAUAUAAUUAUAUUUAAUAAUGUUAAUACUGUUCUAUUUUUAAUUAUUUUUGUUUUAUUAUGUCGAAUUCUAGUUAGUUGAAUUUAUGUUUGCAGUUAUUUUUUCCAUUAACUUCUCCAAUUUUUAUUAUUGAGUUUUUAUUGUAACAGAUGUUUUUAAAAGUUGACGAGGAGAAUAUUUAUUAUCUAAUGAUUGUUGCAAACAGAUUGAUGGUUGUAACAAGGCAGUGUUACUGUGACGUUGUUACUUGAUCUUUGUUAGCGUUAAGGUAAAAUUUUAGAUGUUUAAGAAAAUGAUAUUACUUUGUAAAUCACUGAUAAUUACAUUGUAACUCAUUGAUAUUAUUGUUAUUGUUCUUGCUUCCGUGUCUGUAUUACACAGAAUUCUGAUCCAAUACUUGCGUCAUACUUAGUUAAAACAGUAGACCUUGCUUUUUGCUUAGAUUCUCUCUCCGCUUUUAUUUAAAAUUUUAAAGCAUUAUUUUAGUGUGGUUUAAGUGUGACAAAUCUUUUUAAAAUUCAGUUUAAGACAACUUCACCUGCUAUGAUUAUUUUCAUUUCAGCCGCAAGUCUAAACUGACUUUCUAUAAUGUAUUUUUCAGAACCAAACAAUGUAUGGUCAAUCAAUUUACAUGUCUUGAAAUAAAGCAGUUGUAUUUGAACACAUUUUAUAAAUA